CAGCUUCUAGUAGCCGCUGCUCAUGACAAGGUGGAUGUGCUGAAAGAGAUGUGUCUUGAACACACUGAUGUCGAUCUGAACUGGGCCGAUUUUAUGGAUCAGACUCCACUGCAUGUAGCUGCGGCUCGGGGGUCGGCAAACGCGUGUAAAUACCUUUUAGAGAAUGGCGCCAAUCCAAACCCGGUAGACAUCACAUUGAAUACUCCUCUGGAUCUAGCCGUCGCAUACUUGCAACCCGAAACGGCGAAGAUUAUCACUGCCAAUGGAGGAAUUGCAUCAGCUGCCUCAUCUCAUGUCGUGGGUUUGUUGAACACUUGCUGUAGUGAAGGUAAUGUCAAGGAAGUCAAACGUCUAAUCAACGAGGGCGUGCCAGUCAACUCUGCGGAUUACGACCAGCGCACGCCACUGCAUCUCGCAGCCAGCGAAGGUUUCCUCGAGGUAGUAAAGGCUCUUGUAGAGGCAGGGGCCGAGUUAGACUCAGUGGACAGAUGGAUGGGGUCUGCUCUGAGUGAUGCUAUCGACAACGGACAUUUAGAGGUGGCCGAAUACCUCAUGCAUGCGGGCGCAAAUAUUGAUGCAGGGGGACAGGGAGAUGUGAUUCUGACGAACUUCAUGAAGGAGUGCCAGAAGGGUAACAUAGAGAAAGUGAAGAAGCUCUUAGAAACAAACUAUGCCAAGCCCGAAUGGGUAGACCAGCAUGGGAGGAGCGCCUUGCACAUCGCGGCAAGUGAAGGACACAUGGUCAUUGUAAAGCUAUUAGUUGAGUUAGGGGCUGAGAUAAACUCUCGCGACAAAUGGAAUAUGACGGCUACGGACGCUGCCGAGAGGGGCGGUUUUGAUACAAUUGCUGAGUUUUUGAAGGACCAGGGUGGCGCCUCCUCUACGUCUACGGCUGGUGUUGUGCCGAAGAUUUGCAAAGCUGUUUUCAAGGACGAUCUCGAGAGGCUUACAAAAAUUUGCAAAGACGAGAAUGCAGACUUGAAUGCCUGUGAUUACGACCGGCGGACUGCUCUGCAUGCGAGUGCUGCUAAGGGAAAGCUAUCAUUCGUAGAAGUCUUGGUCGAGAAUGGUGCGGUCGUCAAUGCACAAGAUAGAUGGGGCAACACUCCGUUGGGAGAUGCAGUAGAGAAUGGUCAUGACGAGAUUGCAUCGUAUCUGCGCAGGCAUGGAGCUAACUUCAAUACUAAGGAGCUGGGUGGUAUUGAGGGUCGCAUGUGCGCGGCUGCCUCAGCUGGGAGAUUGAGUGAGAUCAAGCAGAUGGUUGCAGAAGGCGCCAAUGUGAAUGUGAGUGACUACGAUAAGCGCACGCCUCUGCAUUUGGCGGCCAGUGAAAACUUCCUAGAGAUAGUCAAGUUCCUAGUGUCCUGUGGGGCUGAAAUUAACGCAGAGGAUCGCUGGGGUGGCACACCGUACAGCGAUGCAGUGAGAAAUUGCCAUAGUGGCCCGGCAGGCAUCCUUGAGGCGGCAGGGGGAGUCAUGGGUAUGCUCGGAGGCGAUCUACACUGGAGGGUCAAUCCAGCGGAUAUCCACUAUCAAAAGUUAGAAGCCGAGGGAUUUCAGGGAGCGACGUGGAGAGCAGAAUGGUGUGGGCUCAUAGUGGCUGUGAAGAAGCUCAAAGUUGUGAAGGAUAACGAAACUUUGGACCCGGCAACAUGGAAGCUAUUCGCCAAUGAGAUCGAUUUAUUAUCGCGGUUAAGGCAUCCGAAUCUGGUCAUGUUCCUGGGUGCUUGCAUUGAUGUUGACAGGCCCAUGCUUAUUGAGGAAUACAUGGGCGGAGGGUCUGUGCAGGCUUUGUUGGACAAGAACAGCAAAAAGGUUGUGAAAAUUAGCCCUGCCAAGGUGCUAAAAUAUGCGUCUGAUGUGGCGUUAGGUAUCAACUACCUCCAUAAGCAUUCACCGCAGGUCAUUCAUCGUGAUCUGAGCCCGGCCAAUCUACUACUUACUGCAAACAAAGAUACGUGCAAGGUUUGUGACUUUGGAUUUGGGAAGAUCGUACAGGGACCUGGUGACCAAACGGACCAUUAUAAAAUGACCGGUGGGCUCGGCUCGCUUCGUUAUAUGGCGCCCGAGGUGCUCAUGCACAAACCGUACAACGAGAAGGUGGAUGUGUAUUCGUUAGGGAUGUGCGUAUACUACAUGUCUACAGGUUACAGGCCGUACGGGGCUGAUAAAAAUCCGAUCGAAGUAGCCAAAAACGCAGCUGCAAAUCCAAGCUUCAGGCCGAACACGGAUGGCGUUCCACCCCCCAUACGAGACUUAAUGGCUGCGUGUUGGGCACACGAUCCAGAUAAAAGACCGAGCAUGCAAGAGGUUUGUAGCAAACUUGACCAACUGAGGCAAGGGAACAACAAGAGCUGUAGUAUUCAGUAAAACCCCAAGUUUGUAACUUGGAGGUGAUGAGCUUAGUCUACAGUUGCGAUAAAAACGAAAGCAUGCACAAAACGGCGCCAAGUUGCGAACAAAAUAAAAAAGACUGAGCACAAACACAUCUCUACGCCUCCUCAUAGACUUGUAGGUUGUGCCGUGCACAAAAGAAUAAAUCUUCGUUUCCCAA